AUGGCAGUCGAUUUGCAAUCACCGACCACAUCAUUAUCAUUUACUUAUAAUGAAAUUGCCAUCACCUACCGAAAUAAAGGUGAUAAUCGAUUAGCAUUGGAUUAUUUUUUAAAAGCUCUGGAUAUCAAAGAAAAUGUUUUAAAAUGCAACAAAUAUCAUCCGGAAUUAGCCAUGGCGUAUAAUAAUAUUGGCGAAAUCUAUUUUCAUUUAGAUGCUUAUGAUAAUGCUUUACACUAUUUGACACAUGCCUUCGAAAUACGUCUGAAAGGUACCGUGGCGACACACACCGAUCUAACUGCUAUCUAUCAUAAUCUAGGAGGGAUAUAUUUGAAAAAAAAAGAUUUUACAAAAGCAUUAGAAAUGCACACGAAAGCCUUAGAAAUCGAUAGUCAAAUAUUCCAUGACGAUCAUGAAUCGUUAGCUAUGUCACACCAUCAGAUCGCCAUUGUUCAAUUAGAAUUACGAGCUUUAUCAGACGCUUUAUAUCAUGCAGAAAAAGCCUUAAGAAUAAUGUUACGUUCACAAGCCAAAGAGAAUCUUUCUAUGGUCUCGACUUUUCAAUAUAAUCUUGGACUUGUUCAAUAUCAAUUAGACAACACGAGAAAAGCGUUAAAAAUGGCCGACAAAGCACUAAAUAAUCUCUUAGCUUGUUCCGUCGAGCAUCAAAAAAUGAUGGCCGCUAUCUAUAAUUUUUUUUCGUUGAUCUAUGAACAAGAAGAAGAUAUAGUCAAAGCUCUGGAAUAUGUGAAGAAAGCGAUCGAACAAGCAAAGAUUUGGGCUACACGUACUCGUACUUUUGAAUUAGAAACCUAUUUAGCACGAUUGGAUCAAUUGAGAAAUAGGGAAUGUGCCAAAUCAUUCACAUUUGGAAAAAUUUCUCUCGAUCAUUUUACGAAUCAAGAUGAUCUCAUCCGACAAUUCAAUGAAGAAUUUCAACGAAUUUCACCAACGGAUAUUUUCGAACGUCUUCAAUUAAUCAAUAAUUUAAUCAUCAUUUGCUCAAGACAGAACAAUUUUUCUUUAGUAUUCAAAUAUUUCAACGAAGCAAAUCUUAUUUAUUCGGAACAUCAAUCUUCUAAUUUGAUAACUAAAGAACAACUCGAUGAAAUCAUGAUUAAUAUCUUAUUCAAUACAGCGAGAUCCUACUAUCGUCAACAAAAUUGGACCAUGAGUUUGUGA